GCCAAACGGCGCGGUAGUUGGCAAGUACUAGCUAGUAGUGUGCAAUUAAAAACGAUACCAACUGUCAGAUAGAAAAUAGAAAAAAAGGGUACUAAUUGUGUUAAAAAAUAUUGUCAAAAAUGGCUGCUUCAACACGGAUUUUUACAAAGCUCUUAGAUGGAGUUAGAAUAGCUGGACCCGCAUUCACAAACAAGUCUCGUUUAAUGAGCUCAAUCUAUGAAGAAACAAGAAAAAACUUAGUGCUAACUAGAGACACAAAAGUGAUUUGCCAAGGUUUCACCGGCAAACAAGGCACAUUUCAUAGUCAACAAGCAUUAGAUUACGGUACAAAAAUCGUUGGAGGUGUAUCACCCGGCAAAGGGGGUAAAACACAUUUAGGCAAACCCGUAUUUAAUUCAGUGAAAGAGGCUCGUGCCGCAACUGGUGCCGAUGCUACCGUCAUCUAUGUACCACCUCCAGGUGCUGCAGCAGCCAUUAUGGAAGCAAUUGAUGCUGAAGUGCCCUUAGUCGUUUGUAUCACAGAAGGUAUCCCUCAACAAGACAUGGUCAAAGUGAAAAAUCGUUUACUUCAACAAAAUAAAACAAGAUUACUUGGUCCCAAUUGUCCUGGUAUCAUUGCACCGGAUCAAUGUAAGAUUGGUAUCAUGCCUGGACAUAUUCACUGCCGUGGUCGUAUUGGUGUUGUAUCCCGUUCAGGAACCUUAACCUAUGAAGCGGUACAUCAAACUACACAAGUUGGCUUAGGACAAACAUUAUGUGUUGGUAUUGGUGGAGAUCCUUUCAAUGGAACCGAUUUUAUUGAUUGUUUAGAAUGUUUCUUGCACGAUCCAGCCACGGAUGGUAUUAUUUUGAUUGGAGAGAUUGGUGGUGUAGCCGAAGAACAAGCUGCCGAAUACUUAUUACAACACAAUUCUGGUCCAAAACGUAAACCAGUUGUUUCAUUCAUUGCUGGUUUAUCGGCACCCCCAGGUAGACGGAUGGGUCAUGCUGGAGCUAUCAUAUCUGGGGGCAAAGGUGGUGCACAAGAUAAAAUUAAUGCUCUCGAACAGGCAGGAGUAGUUGUUACCAAAUCACCAGCCCAGAUGGGAACAGAAUUGAUAAAAGAAAUGAGACGUUUAAACUUAACCAAGUAAACGCCAAUACCUAAGAAACAAAAAAGUAUUACCUAAUAUAAAUAAAUUAACAAAAAAAACUAAGAAAAUCAAGAAAAUCUAUUGA